AUGAACAACAACACCAACCAAGGAUCCCAACCUCUGUACCCCUCCAUUUCUCCUCCCACCGCAGAAAAUGACACAAACCCUUUUCUUCAAACACCUCCGCCAUCAUAUUCAUCGCUGAAAACCCAACCACCCCAAUACCCCUCCAUUGCAAAUCCCACAGCUCAAGAAAUCAAUCCUUUUUAUCAAACACCUGAGCCAUCGUCCUCAUUGCAGGGAACCCAAAAGCCCUCCGAUUUCACUCCUUCCACGCCAAACCCUUCUGAUCACCCAGCACCAUCCCCAUCCCCAUCCUCACCGCAGAAAACCCAAGAUCUCAAACAAGCUCAUCAUCAUGAAGAAGAUAUUCCAUCAUCAAGUUCGUCUUCAUCAAUACCACCACCACCACCAGCAAAUGAAGAAGAGAAAGCAGAGCAAUGGGGGACUCACGUGAUGGGGCACCCUGCUGUCCCAACAUGCCAUCCAGACAACAAAAAGGCAGCUCUGUGGGGUGCUGCUGGCACUGAACAAGCCCAAAGCUUCCACCAUCCCUACCUCCAAUACAAACCCAUUGAAAAGUCGAACAACAGCCCCAUGGAAUCCAUGCUUCAUGUCUUCAACUCCUGGAGCAACAGGGCCGAGUCCAUGGCCAACAACAUCUGGCACAACCUGAAAACUGGGACAUCCGUGUCUGGAGCUGCGUGGGGGAAGAUGAACGUGACAGCGAAAGCAAUUACAGGGGGUGGAUUUGAGGCUCUGUACAAGCAGUCAUUUGCGACUUAUCCCAACGAGAAGCUGAACAAGUCGUUUGCCUGUUAUCUCUCAACAUCCACUGGACCAGUUGCUGGAACUCUUUAUCUCUCUAAUCUUCAUACAGCUUUUUGCAGCGACCGCCCCUUGUCCUUCACUGCCCCCUCUGGUCAGGUCACCUGGAGCUAUUACAAGAUUAUGGUGCCUUUGGGAAAUAUUGCAACAAUCAAUCCGGUGGUGAUGAGGGAAAAUUCAACCGAAAAGUACAUCCAGAUUGUGACAAUAGACGGCCAUGAUUUCUGGUUCAUGGGUUUUGUUAAUUAUGAAAAGGCGUCCAGGCAUCUGACCCAGAGUAUCUCAACUUUCGUAGCAUCUGGAAUUGCCGUCAACCCAGCCGUUGCAGUUGCAGACGAAAAGCCUGACAAGGCUGACUACUAG